AGCUCGGUGCCGCUGCCAUACAUAUGCACAGGGGACGUAAGCAUAACAUGAGCCUUUGCAUCAGCACCAGGUGGCCAGGCUGUGCUGCAUGGCGACACCUCAGAACCCAGCAGUGAAGAAAGAAGCAAGUGUGUCUAGAGUAGCGCUGAGUGAGGGAGACGCUGCGUUCAAACCUCACUCCGCUAAGACACUCCAUCCAGCCACCACACCCCUGCCUUACUCCACCUCCCACCCACCCAACUUCCUCACAGCCUCACUCACUCCACCAAACCCUCCCUUACUCCACCUCUCUCUCCCACACACUUCCUCACAGCCUCCCUCACUCCACCACAACCCUGCCUUGCUCCAUCUCUCUCUCCCACACUUCCUCAGCCUUCCUCACUCCACCACGCCCUCCCUUACUCCACCUCUCACCCACCAACUUCCUCACAGCCUCUCCUCACUCCACCACACCCUCCCUUACUCCACCUCUCUCUCCCACACUUCCUUCACACCCUCCCUUACUCCACCUGUCUGUUUUUCCCACCCACUUCCCCGGUUUCCCCACCCUCCCAUUCUCUCCCACCUACUCUCCUACCCUCUCCAUUCAUUCACCUUAACCCAGAGAAGAGCGAUAAGGAGAUAAGAGAGAGGAAGAAAGAGGAGGUGGAAAAAUAGUGACACGAGACAAGAUAACACGAGGAAAGAAGAGGAAAGGAAGUGUUGGAAGAUAGAUAGGAGGAGAUAAAGGAGACUGAUAGAUAACAGAU